UCGCGAGAGCCUCGAGUGGAUCUCGAGCGAGCAUUUCGCUGGCGGUUGCCGCGUUUGGUUCGAGCUGUUCGGGCGCCGCCGCCGCGAGGGCGGCGGCCAUGAUCAGCCCGCUGCUCGUGCGGCGGCUGGUCUUCCUCGGGCGCGCCCGCGGCUUCAGGGGCCUCGACGGCCAGCUCCUGAUCCGCGAGGGCGGCCUGCUAUGGCUGCUGGCCCAGCUGUCGCUCGGGCUGCCGGCUGUGGGCCACUGGCCCAAGCACAGGGUGCGCCGCCUGCUCGGGGGCUGCUGGGUCGCCGACGAGGGCGCGGAGCGAGUCUACUCGCUCCACGCCGUCGGCGAGGCGCUCGCCCACGCGCCGGCCCUCGUCGGCGGCGUCCCCUCGUGGGAGCAGGCGCUGUCCGAGCUGGAGCGCGGCCCCGGCGGCGCCGAG